AUGCAUUUGGGAGAAAAUUUAAUAGAGCUCUCUUCUGAGUGUCUAAUUCUUUCGUCGCCACCAUCUAAACGGCUGUGUUUACAGAGGAGCAUCAAAGAUGUCACCGAGAACAAUGAUGGGGGAACGAAACGCUAUCUAUAUUUUGAUUGGAAACCUCACGGACGCUUCGAAAGUGAGUUUGCCAACAAGGGUGAGUACAAUUUUCUUUAGCAUCAGAAAUAUUUCAAAUCUUGUACACAGGCAUGGCGUGUUAUAAGAAGUGACAUUCGCUCACAUACGUUUGCUAUUAACUUGUAAGUCUCAAACGGUCUUUUAUCUGAUUAUAUACUGCCAAAAUGGGGAAACGGUUAGUUUCAGCUACUGUGAACUCAGGCAUGCUGUGAACCCUAAAGAACCCUAAAGAACCAAGCGUUGUGUGGUGCAAUGAAACCUGAACCAAAAGCUAAUUGCUCCACGGGUAUUUUACAUGUAAAACCAACAGUUUUGUCUGGUACUUUACGCAAGUAUAACCAACUGUUUCGUAGUUUUUGCAUGAGUCGUCCCUUAAUAGCUGUUUACCUGAUUUUCCCGCAGUUCACAUCAUCUUCAUUCUAUGUUUCAUUCCUCAACUCAACAAAUUCUGUCUGCUCCCAAUGUAUGGGCCUAGCAUAGAGGCCAUGGGUCCGAAUUCCGAUGAAGUCCCGAAAUGUUUUCGUGUUAAUUUACAAUUGCUUAAAUUGUAAUUACCACUGCGACGAUCAUAUUUUCAUUUAUAUUUGUAUAUUUCCGCAGUCCACAUCAUCUUCAGUCUAUGAUUUGUCAAAUGUAGGUUAAAUCUGAUUCUGAUUGUGACGCACUUAUUGCAUCCCCUUGAACGCGCGCAUACAGGUUUAGAGCCCACACCGAUCGAACAAGCAGGACUUGUGGCCCAAUAAUUAAUAAGACCCACAACAGAAGUGUCUAUUUCUACAAUUCUUUAGGUCCCGUCGUAUGGCCAGCAAUUGGAGUCAAGUCUGAACUAACCCGAAGUAAGAGUCUUAUAAUUAUUUAA